GGAUCCGCCCACGCAUAACUUGGAGUGACCUUUCAUCGCCGUUAAAAGAAUGUUCCAACAGUAAAAUCAGAGGGGCAUUCAGUAAUAUUUGCUUUGACUUCGCAAAUAACAGUUCCCCAAAAUGAUUAGAAGACUAACCACAGUGUGCAAGGAGUCUGGGUUAUUGUGCAAGACAAAGAAAUGCCAAAGUUUGCUAUUCUCUACUGUGGUUGAAAAAACUGACAAGAAACGUCGCCUGAAUGUUGGAGUUCUGGGUGCAGGACGCAUUGCCACUUCUGUCCAUAUCCCCAAUAUCCUCAAGGACAGAAGAUAUAAUAUAAACUGGAUCAUUGAAGAGAGUGACCAGCAAACCCAGAAAUGCCAGGAAGAACUGUUUAUUCAGGAUAUACCAUUUUUCAAGGCCAUAGAUAGAAAACGACUGCUAGCUGAUAAAGGAUUAGAUGCCAUUUUUAUAUUUAGUCCAACAUCAACUCAUGCAGAAUUCAUCUGCGAUGGCCUAAAAGAAGGUAAAUCAGUUAUGGUGGAAAAGCCAACUGCUGAAUCCUACACAGACAUUAAGACCUGUUAUGAAACAGCAGAAAAUAAUGGGGCAGUUCUACUAACAUCAUUUCAAAGGAGGUUUGAUUCAGCUUUUUCCGAACUAAAAGAAACGGCACUGAGUGGACGUUUGGGGGAGCUGCAGUUGAUAAGGCUUACAUCACGAGACAACCCUAAACCGUCCUAUGAAUUCCUGUCUAAUGCUGACAGCACUGGUUGUAACCUGAUUUCUGACAUGGCGGUUCAUGAUGUUGACAUGAUGGUCUGGUUAACAUCGUGUUCUAAACCAAAAUCGGUGUUUGUCCUGACACAUAUCAGAGAUGAGACUCUUCAGAAGAUUAAGGAACCCGACGCUGGAGUCAUCUGUGUUAAGUUUGAAAAUGGGAUGAUUGCCACCAUAGACGUGUUCAGAGAGUGUGUAUAUGGUUAUGACAUCAGAGCAGAGUUAUUUGGAACAAAGGGUAUGGCAGUGGCAGACAAUCCUCGGAGGUCCUCUUUCUGUGUGGAUUAUUUAGAAGGCUCAAAUAUGCCCCCGCUUCACUACUCCUUCCCUCAGAGAUUUGAGAAAGCUUUUGCAACUGCCGUGUCCCAUUUCUAUAGUUGUCUUGCAGGUGAAGUUAAACCUCUUAUAACAAAAGAGGAAUGCUUAAUGGUGUCCCAGAUCAUAGACAAAGCAGUGGACUCCUACCAAACAGGACAAGUUGUCAACUUCUGAGUGUGCGUCCCGGUAUUUACAUUGGCAUAUUAUGUUGGUAUUUUCUUCUAAAAAUGUUUUUAAUGUGGUUGUCCUUAAACUUAGUAUUCUUUAGCAGUGAGAAACCGUUUACACUGUAUCUUGUUGUUAUAUAAGCAGAAUCUAGAGCUUGUUAGGAAUCAUAUUACAUGUACUAAGAUAGAGGUUUUCUUCUUUGGCUUGUCCUACGUAUUUGAUAGUAAUAGUGCUUAUUAAAGAGUACGUUUUAUUUCCUUUGGGAAGAAAUUUGAGAGAGCUGCAUGUAUUUAAAAAAAAAAUUAUAAUGUCUUCCAUUUAUCUGUUUAUGUGAAUAUUGCUUGUAAGGAAAUGCACAGGCAAGCUAGAUGCAUUUUUUGUUGCUGAAUAUUAAAAUUCUGAAUAACAUCACUUGUUCGGUUUAGCAGAUGUUUGUUUGUUUUUAUUUCAUGAACCUAAUAACCAUAUUUUUAAAAAUGACAAUCAGUAUGUUUGAUAUGUAUAUGAUAUUUAUUCCAUGAAGUCACAUGUACAUGUAUAUUUCCUCAUGUUCUUCUGGCGGUUGUGUUCUUAAAACAUUACUUUGUCAAUAUACCCAGUGUUGAAGAUAAUAUGUUUAUUUUGAGUUAUACAUAAUGGCAGUAUUAUAUAAUUGAUUCCCAGGGGUGAAUCUACAAAAGAAUUUUACAUGAUAAAUAAUGUUUAAAUAAUGUGAUUGUUAUAAUGUGAUUUUUUUAUGCUCCCAUAAUUGGAGAUAUGGAGGCAUAUAGCUUUUAGUCUGUCUGUCUGUCUACAAAAACUUGGGCCAACACUUUUGAACAUAUGGUGCUUAGGGACUUCAAUAUUUCAGAAGUGUAUUCCUUGUGACCUUUUCUUUGGAUACCUAUAAUUUUUACCUUGAUCAUGUCCUUGAACAUGGAGUUUGACGUACCUUUGGAAAACUUGGCCAUAACUUUUGAAUGGUUGGUGCAUGCUAGGGCAUUUAUAUUUCACAUGUGUAUUCCUUGUGUCAAAACCUUCUUUGUCACCAAUGCUUUUGACCUCAUGACCUUGACAUUUGACCUGCUUUUGAAAAACUUUAACCUUGGCCAUGAGCUACCAUAUGGGGGCAUCAGUGUUUCAUAAAUACAUCUAGUUUUCUUUUUACUUUCAUUGACAUGUAUACAAGUUUUGAAAUAAAAAUUUAUUCUGUA